UGAGCCCUUGAUCCCUGGGCUAAUUCCAUGAAUCGCCCAAAUCUAAAUCCACACACGGAGCAGCAACACACAGUUGAAAAAUAAGAGGGAGGGAAAGAGAGAGCGACAAACUGACAGAUGUUGGAGAAUAUAGAAGAUGCACCAAACGACCCAGUGUGCCAACUCAUCAGAGUAGACCGUCAAGCCUGGCUGACGUCACCCACCCAGCCUCUGUAAUCGAAAGAGACGCUAAUCCAAAGCCUGGCAGUGGGGUGGGGUGGGGUGGGACAGGGAGGGGUAUUGAGAGAGACACGAGGAAGGGAGUGGGAUUCACAGGAGACUGGUGAGUGCAUGUCGGCUGUGGGUGAGCAGGCAGACUCAGCACUGAUCUGGACGAGUGACAUGGUGCUGCUCUGACUGUAAAAGGACACCAGGCACACCUCUACCACCUGACCAUCUUCUAAAGGUUUGGAAACUCUGAGGGUUCAAGCAACCCACAAGCCAGGCUUCGCCCUGGAGGCCACAAGCCUCGCUGAGGGCUCUGCGGAGGGGGAAGGCUGUGGGAGCUCACCCCCACUCGAGUCACCGCCACUCAUCGUGGAGGAGCUGAGCUUUGCCACUGUGGACCUGUGCCAAGAUGGAGAAGACAUCUGUCUGACUGCACCUGAGGGAGCAACACCGGAGAUGUUCAGCCAGGACCCAAACUGUGAAGACAUGAAAAGGACAGAUGAGAGAUUGCCAUUCCAGAUCUUCCCUGACCCUGUUGAGAUCAUCCUGGGUCCAGACACGUCCUUGAGCAGCCCGGAGCAGGAACUUGGGAGAGAACGUCUCCCCUCCAUUGUGGUGGAACCCACGGAGGUGAGCGAGGUGGAGAGCGGAGAGCUGCGCUGGCCUCCGGAGAACUUGGACCUGGAUGACGAUGACGAGGACCUGUUCUUGGAGCAGUGCAUCCCCCCGGCUAAUAUUGCAGAGUGGGGAGAGGAGGAAGAAGAGGAGGGGGAGGAGGAGGAAGAGGAAACGUCAGUUAUACUGAACCAGCACCAAGGCUUGACGCUCAUUGACCUACAGUCGGACGCAUUUCGAGAUGACACCCCCACACUUCCACCGAGCAGCACUUCAGCCUUCAACUGACUCAACUGCUGACUGAGCUGCACCUCGGAUGACUCAAGAGGAAACAUCCUCAUCAAGUUUCAGAAGAAAACGUAGCAAAUGUAGCAACCGAGAUUAGGCAAAGUGUGACCUAAAAAAAAGAAGAAAAAGCGAUGUUAAUACAAACACUACACAAAUUUUAUACACUACUACACAAACGCAACUGUUGCCAACUGUGAAUUCAUGCUCUAAGUUGUAUUACAGUGAGUGAAGGCAAACACAUUCUCACACACACAUCACAGUGUGUGUGAGAACCCUAACCCUAACCCUAACCCAUCACACGUCACAGCUCACUGACGUUGGGAAUAAUUGAGCAAUAUAAUGUCUUUGCUGUGUGUUUCUUUCUGAACUUGUGGGAAACCUUCUGCUGACAUUGUGGCUUUGUGUUUCAUUUCCCUAGUUGUUUCCUAAUUUUAAAGGGCUCACAGAUGACAUAAAGAUGACAUCCGAGCAUCUCAACAAACUCUCUUCAUCUUGUGCUCAUUAUCUAUGCGUCAUCUCUGAUUCAGACCGAACCCAGUAACUCAAUGUCUUCAUUAAAGAUCAGCAUUUUACCCCAUGUAUUGGCUGUUCCUAGAAUCAACCCAUGUUGUUUUAGAUUUUUCUCGAUUUUUAAUUUUUUUUUAAGAUGUCAUUUUUAAUCAUAAGGCGGAUGACUCAUCGUUCAUCAUGUGAAUGACAAAUGAUGACUGAUACUUGAACAUUUGACCCAAAACAGGGGACUGUAAUGCUUAUUUCGCAAAAAAAAGAAGGGCAGCUCUAUUUAUAUUUCGUUACAGCAGUUGUACACGCAAGUAGGACUGAUAGAAAUGUGUAGUUAUACAGUAUUUUGUGAGUAGCCUGAUUUGUGAACAAUUUAUAUAAAUGGAAA